AUGCAUUCGAAUCCUUGCAGAAAACUCUUACUAGCAAUUCCGUCAUGGCACAUAUAUUUUGAUCCCAGUGCCCCAACUCAGAUUCGUGUUGACGCCAGUCCAUUUGGCCUGGGGGCUAUAUUAACCCAAACUCAUGGCGAUGAAACCAGACCAGUAGCCUAUGCAAGUCGCACUCUUACAGCCGUUGAGAGGCGUUAUUCUCAGACUGAGCGUGAGGCCUUGGCGGUUGUCUGGGGAUGUGAACGGUUCCACCUCUAUCUAUAUGGGACAACCUUUGACAUCUAUACAGAUCACAAGCCUCUUGAAAUAAUCUACAGUCCGACGUCAAAACCCCCUGCGCGCAUUGAACGGUGGGGCCUUCGCCUGCAACCGUAUAAAUUUUGCGUUAAGUAUUCACCUGGAAUUGGUAAUCCUGCGGAUGUACUUUCUCGUUUGCCACUUCGCAAUGCAACAACCAAUACUCGCAACACGGCUGAAGAAUAUGUCCA